AUGUCUCCUCCCAACACCACACCCACGGCCGGAGAGAUAGACUCUGGCUCCGAUGACGAUCUCGACCUCGACGAACUAGAUCCCAUCGUUAAUCCCUCCCGUCACGUAAGGGGCGACGCUCCCUCUGAGCCUGCUGCCCGCCGUGCAGGAAAUGGCUCCACAAAUAUUCCGCUGCAACGACUGCAGAGGUUUGGCAGCAGUCGCUUAUGGCCAUCGACAGGAAAGAGGAGUAGGGGAGACGAUGGCACAGAAGAUUCAGAAGGGCUUUUGGGCAGCUGGCGCGGACACACACAAGGCAACGGCCAUGUCAGACUGUGGUCGGAGGACCAAGUAGGUUGGAAUGUCAGGCCGGAAAGAUAUCAGAGGGUGCAUCGACAGGGGAGCAUCUCUCAAAGCCGGGACACGCACUCACGCCGCUCCAGCGUCCGUCAAAGCAUGCAAAUCUCCGACUUUGUCCGACAAGAAUUGGCAGAUAUGCGUGAGAAUGAGCAGGAAUUCAGCGUCCAGGAAUCCCGUGAGGUCAGCGUCGGGCAUGCUCAGAAGAAGCGAUUUCCCACGAAUGUCGUGUCCAACGCCAAAUACACCGCUUGGUCCUUUUUGCCACGAACCUUGUACAACGAAUUUUCCUUCUUCCUCAACGUCUAUUUCCUCCUGGUCGCGUUGUCUCAAAUCAUACCCUUUUUGCGAAUCGGUUACAUGUCUACAUAUAUUGUGCCUCUGGUGGUGGUCCUUACAAUCUCGAUCGGGAAGGAAGCAAUAGACGACAUUGUGCGGCGGCGACGAGAUGCCGAAGCGAACGCUGAACUAUUCACCGUGUUGUCCUUUUCCGACACUGCUCGGAACGGCGUGUCCGAAAUUCAGAAACGGUCGCGAGAUAUUAAAGUCGGCGACAUUCUAAAACUUGAGAAGAACCACAGAGUCCCUGCGGAUCUUGUCAUCCUUCAGAGUCAUCUGACGGAACUGACACUAGAGUCAGCUUCUGAUUCUGCAGCAGCUCCUUCAUCUCAGGGUGCUGGGGAGACCUUCAUCAGGACGGAUCAGUUGGACGGGGAGACGGACUGGAAGCUACGGCUCCCGAGUCCAUUGAGUCAGAAUCUCACCUUGAAGGAUCUACAACGUCUUAAGGUCACAGCUGGUGCUCCCGACAAGAAAGUCAAUGAAUUUGUGGGGACUCUAGAACUUCAAGCAAGCCUGGCAGCGGCCUAUGACCCACAUUUGCGCAGAGACGACCUGGCAGAAGACGGCCCCAGCUCAAACGACCUUGAUCACGUCGCGUUUAACAGACAGAGCUCAGCACCUUUGACUAUUGAUAACACAGCUUGGGCCAACACCGUGUUGGCGUCGAGCACCAUAACUUAUGGUGUGGUCAUCUACACGGGCAGGCAGACACGAUCUGCUCUGUCCACGUCACCAUCAAGGUCCAAGACUGGUCUUCUGGAACUGGAAAUCAACAACCUAACGAAAAUCCUCUGCAUCAUGACCCUGAGCCUUUCCAUCAUUCUCGUCGCACUUGAAGGGUUCGAACCAUCCAACAAGAAGCCAUGGUACGUGGCGAUCACGAUCUACCUGAUUUUGUUUUCGACAAUUAUUCCCAUCAGCCUCCGUGUGAAUCUUGACAUGGCGAAAACGGUGUAUGCCUAUUUCAUUCACCAGGACAAAGGGAUUCCAGGCACAGUUGUCCGCACUAGCACUAUCCCGGAAGACCUAGGUCGAAUCGAGUAUCUGCUGUCUGACAAGACUGGGACACUGACUCAAAAUGAGAUGCAACUUCGGAAGAUCCAUGUUGGUACAGUUGCAUAUGCAGGCGAGGCAAUGGAAGAAGUCGCAGCCUAUGUUGAUCAAGCGUUCGCAGCUGGCGGGAAUCAAGACGUCCACGUCUCAGAGCUGGGCGCAACGACGAAAACUCGGCGUGAAAUAGGCGUUCGCGUUCGCGAUCUCGUUCUCGCUCUCGCGCUAUGUCACAAUGUCACACCCACUGCGGACGAAGUUGAUGGAGAAAGAGUAGUGUCCUAUCAAGCGUCAUCACCUGAUGAGAUUGCCAUUGUCGAGUUUACGGAAAGCGUUGGCCUCCGUGUUCUUCAGCGGGACAGGGAGAACAUUGUCCUUCAGUGUGUCUCUACAAAGCAGGUGGUCAUUCGAGCAGAGAUCAAAGACAUAUUUCCAUUCACUUCGGACAGCAAGCGCAUGGGCAUUAUCGUUCACCUUUCCUCAGAGGUGCCUGGAUUGUCUCACAUCGAUGAACUAUGGUUCUUCCAAAAGGGUGCAGACACGGUCAUGAGCUCCAUUGUGGCAGCGAAUGAUUGGCUGGACGAGGAAACAGCCAACAUGGCCCGCGAAGGGCUUCGCACACUCGUGGUUGGCCGCAAAAAGCUGUCGCCAGAGCAAUACAGAGCCUUCUCCUCCGAAUAUGCGGAUGCGUCAUUGGCAUUACACGAGCGAGAUGCGGGGAUGGCUGCUGUCGUGAAGAGACACCUCGAGCAUGACCUGGAACUUUUGGGUGUCACCGGGGUCGAAGACCGCUUGCAAAAGGAUGUCAAACCCUCCCUCGAACUGCUCCGUAACGCCGGGGUCAAGAUCUGGAUGCUGACGGGCGACAAGAUUGAGACAGCGCGUUGCGUAGCAAUUUCAGCUCGCUUGGUGGCACGAGGCCAGCAUAUCCAUACAAUGGCCAAGCUGAAAGCCAAAGCGCAGGGCAAGGAUGCGCUGGAUGUAAUGCGCAAUCAGACUGAAUUAUGUCUGCUCAUCGACGGCGAGUCACUGGCACUGAUGCUCAGCCAAUUCCGCCAGGAAUUCAUCACCAUCGCAGUCCAGCUAUCCGCAGUGAUUGCCUGUCGCUGUUCGCCGGCGCAGAAAGCUGACGUGGCGCUCUUGAUUCGCAAACACACCAAGAAGCGCGUUUGCUGUAUUGGGGACGGCGGCAACGAUGUCAGCAUGAUCCAAGCCGCGGAUGUGGGCAUUGGGAUUGUUGGCAAAGAAGGCCGCCAGGCCUCACUGGCAGCUGAUUUCAGCAUUGAACAAUUCUGCUAUCUGACGAAAUUGCUGGUGUGGCAUGGGCGCAACAGCUACAAGCGUUCGGCAAAGUUGGCUCAGUUCAUUAUCCACCGUGGAUUGAUCAUCAGUGUGUGUCAGACGAUGUAUAACAUCGCCGGGCACUUCGACCCCAAGGGGCUUUUCAAGGAUUGGCUGAUGGUUGGUUACGCCACGGUCUACACCAUGGCUCCUGUUUUCUCCCUCGUGCUCGAUCGAGACGUGGAUGAGCAGCUCGCCAACCUCUACCCGGAACUAUACAAGGAACUCAAGUCGGGGAAGAGCUUGAGCUAUCAGACUUUUUUCACCUGGGUGUUGGUGUCGGUAUACCAGGGUAUCAUUAUCCAAGGUCUGUCGCAACUUCUGGUUGGGGAAGUCGACGGGCCUCGCAUGCUCAGUGUCAGUUUCACCGUCCUCAUCCUCAACGAGCUGAUCAUGGUGGCUGUAUCAGUGACGACGUGGCACCCUAUCAUGAUUGUCUGUAUUGUUGGCACCGCGGCACUGUAUGCGGCGAGCGUGCCCUUCCUCGGAGACUAUUACGACUUGGCGUAUGUGGCCAGCUGGAGUUGGGCUUGGAGAGUGGCAGCCGUGGGAGCGAUCAGUCUUGUGCCUGUUUGGGGUGGGAAGGUCAUCAGACGGACGUGGAAGCCGCCGAAUUAUCGCAAGGUGCAAGGUAUAUAG